AUGCAAUCAUAGCGAAUCCGGGCCAUUACAGCUUUCGCAAUGUAUCCUACAAGUGUUCGAAGGGCAGCGCGGCCCAACCUCACGGGCUUCGACCCAAAGGCCUUCGCGGCCGCAGCUGGAGACAGGAGGGGAGACCCAUGGGCACGCAGAGAGGCAUGGAGAUACAACGGCCCUUUCACCAGGCUUAAGCGAUUCAGAGGCAGCUUCCCCGGAUUGGGCAUCGCGACGGUGGCAUUCACGGCAUACUGCGCGUACGAGCACUUCUUCUUACAGGACGACCAUCACCACGAGGCUGGACAUGGGGAGGGACAUCAUUGAGCGGGUUGUUGUUGGAGGGUCAUUGUACAUAUAGGCGACCUGGGUCAGACAUAGAGAUUGGAGAUGGCAUAAAAACACCAAUUGACGAAACUGUGUGCUGUUUCUGUGACGUUGUUGACAUCUCCGGAGAGCCGAUUACGAACUACAAACGAACUACUGACUGGAAUGUGCAUUGAUAUCUGGUCUGGUACACGUUGGGGUAUUGGUCGGGGGAUGGGUCCAUCAUACAAAUGCUGUUGGCCAUCCCGUCCCAUUCUGGAUAGAAUUGAAUGGCAGUAACCCUUCGAAUUGGUUCAAGAUCUUACUUCAGUGUGAAAACGCUCAUAAUUGAUACCAU